AUGUCAAAAUCAGAAAGGGUACCUACUUCCUCUUCAGUAGCCUGGUGGGCUACCGCAGCCACUUCUCGCAGGUUGAGCCAUGUGCAAUUCGGUUUGUCCGCAGUAAAUAUGGUCUCCACAAUUAUCGCAAUAUACACCUCUCAUUCUGGUGUGAAUCGGAUCCUUCGGUUAAGCUUAGCAGUCUCCAUUAUUUCUUUAAUCUACUUUUUGAUCAUGAUGUUAUUGCCCGUUUUAUUAGUAUUUUUAAUGGAGAAUAUUUUGGCUAUUCUGUGGUUUUCUGCUUUCGUGACCUUGUUCUUUAACAACGGUUCGAUAUCGUGCCCGAACAGGUUCGGCUAUCCAGAUUCUUGUGGGUUUUCCAAAGUCAUUGUUCUAAAGCAAGCCAUCGUAUUUACGCAAGCCCUCGUAUUUACGCUAUACCUUGCAACCUCGUAUGCCUCCUUUUUUACUGUUCUAUCUCAGGCUAGAGAACGUGGAUCCAGUACAAGAUCAGUCUUUGAGGCUGGUAUUAAGCUGUUGCGCAAUACUGCUCAGUACCUGGAGGAGAAUUUUGAGGAAAAUGAAGUUCUCCUGGAUAUUGAAAGUCAGGAAGAUGAAAAAACUGAAACUGAAGUCAAUGAAAGGGAUAGUCUUCAAACCGAAUCAGGAGAUGUGAAAAGUAUUCAGUAA